AUCUCACUGGAGAUGGCGAUAGGAAUAAUACACAAGAUUAUGAGAUACGUCAACAACCAGAAUCCUAUGAGAUAUUCAAACCUCGCGGAUGUAUAAUUCGCACUGAACUAAAAAAAAUUGUCACCAAACCGACAAAUUUCGCCAUGGAUACUUAUGUCGAUAUCCAUUUAGUGUUGAUGUUGCUUGUUGUGGAACAUGUAAUUUGCUUUAGUUUUAAUGGAUCGAAGGAUAAAAUGUGCAUUCAUUUUGAUGAUAUUUACGCGGUGCGCUAUGCUGAGUUUAGAGAAUUUGAACUCUAUUUGAAGGAUGGCUUCAGGAGAACUUUUUAUGAGAAAAAUAAAAAAGUUGAUUUAGAUUUGACUAAUGGCAUUUUUAAUGAUGCCACUUCGAUUAUUGUCGUUCCGGUGGCAAAUUUUCCUAUGGAACCAUUUGUCAAGAUUGAGAAUGACUUUAAAAAUUAUAAAGCGUCAAUGGCAUUCGCAAAUACUAAAAAAAAGCUAAUUAAUGAACAAGAUUGCAACAUUCGAACGGAGGAUAACUUAGAAAGUUGUGAGUUCUGUGUCGUUGUCGAUUUUCAAGUAGAACGUUAUUCAAUAACAAUUCCUUGGAACAUCGAUUAUAAUCAGCUUAUAAAAACUUUGGAAGACGUGUCACAAGUACAGAUUAAAGGUUACAACAGUAAAAUGUACUAUAAAGACGCGAAGAAGCAAAAUGUGUCGUUACUUUAUGACGAAGACUGGAAAAUUGCAAAGGAAUUAUUACGAAAAAAUCGUAAAGGUGGAAUUUACAUUGGAUUUGGAUAUACUACCUCUUUUUAA